AUAAAAGCGGGUGAUGCAACCCAGCUGACAGAAACGUAACGAAAGCUGCGGCGCGCGCAGCGGCACCGGAGGAGAAGCAGCGGCGGUUCGGCUCCGUUCUUACACACCGGGAUCCUCCUGCUCCGGUUUCUGGUUGUUCUGCUGCGGUUCCUGGCUCUCCUGGUCCGGUUCCUACUGAGCCCUAUCAGGAUGAUGCUGCAGCACUCGGCUCCGACUCUGGCCGACAUCAGCUGCUCCGCCGUGGUCCCGUGCCUCUCCCCGCCGGGAACGCUCACCCUGGACGACUUCGCCGACUUCUCUCCCGUGGUGAAGGACGAGCUCCGGCUCGCCAUCCAGGCCAAGCGGCUGUCCAACGGGCUGAGCGUCGACCCGAGCUCAGACGGCACCAGCUCCAGCUCCGACCGAGGCUUCGAGCAGCUGCCAUGUGGGACCGGGGGGAGGAGAGAGGCGACACCAGAGGAGAACGAGAGGAGGAAGAGGAGGAGAGAGAGGAACAAAAUUGCAGCCGCUAAGUGCCGCAACAAGAAGAAGGAGAAGACUGAGUCCUUGCAGAAGGAGUCUGAGAAGCUGGAGAGCGUCAACGCCGACCUGAAAGCUCAGAUCGAAGAACUGAAGCAGCAGAAGCAGCAGCUGGUCUACAUGCUCAACCUGCACCGGCCCACCUGCAUCGUCCGGGCCCAGAACGGCCAGACGCCCGAGGACGAGAGGAACCUUUUCAUCCAGCACAUCCAGGAGAGCACCUUACAGCUCCACAACCUCUCCUCCUCAGUCACGCCCCUCCACGGAGGACUUCUGACCCUGGACAGCGUUCAGUGUCCCAGCAGUCUAUGACCCUCCAGGUCUGAGACACUCCAUCCCUCCACCUCCACUCAUCCACGUAGCACCGACCGAGGUUGAGGUGGAUCCAUCGUCCUGUUCAGGGUGCUAGAAGACAGGAAGUGGACUUCCUGGACCCACAGCUGCCGGGUGGACGACUUCCUGGACCCGCAGCUGCCGGGUGGACGACUUCCUGGACCCGCAGCUGCCGGGUGGACGACUUCCUGGACCCGCAGCUGCCGGGUGGACGACUUCCUGGACCUGCAGCUGCCGGGUGGACGACUUCCUGGACCCGCAGCUGCCGGGUGGACAUGAAGACGGUGACCUUAACCUUGACAUGUAUCAUGUUGUGGUUUUUUAAAGCAUCACAAACAAUCUGGGCCAAGAAGAAACGCUGAAGCACCAAAAUCUAGCAGAAAGAUAAACUUUCUGUCCUUUUACUGCUGUAAUCCACUCAGAACUGGUCAGACUGGUCCAGUUGGUCAGACUGAUCCGGUUGGUCAGACUGGUCCGAUUGGUCAGACUGGUCCGAUUGGUCAGACUGAUCCGAUUGGUCAGACUGGUCCGAUUGGUCAGACUGAUCCGAUGGGUCAGACUGGAUCGGUUGGUCAGACUGGUCCGGUUGGUCAGACUGGUCCGAUUGGUCAGACUGGUCCGGUUGGUCAGACUGGAUCGGUUGGUCAGACUGGUCCGGUUGGUCAGACUGGUCCGGUUGGUCAGACUGGUCUGGCAUGUCUGGGAUUUUUGGAGAAAAAUGUAUUUAUUAAAUGAUUGCUGUAUGAUUGGAUGUUGCUAUAGCAACCUUGUCUGCUUGUUCUCUAACAUGGGGAACUCUGCUGCUACCAACCACUCAGGACCUGUAGACCCUGCUGUCAUUGUUUGUUUGUUUGUUUGUUUGUCCUGUAGAAGCUGAAUCAGGUUGUUUUGUUAGUAAACAGGAAACAAGGAAAAAUGUAAAAAUCAGCACUUAUUAAAAAACCUGGAAAU